AUGGACAGCGUACUGGCCUUGAGUGGAGUGCAUCUGUGUCACAGAUUGAAGGAUCCGGAACUUGAAGCAAUGUCAUGGAAAUAUUAUGCAUCGGUAUUGCUUGACCUCAGGCAUAGGCUGGCUCGGAAGAAAGAGGGCAACGACACGGAAACGCUCCAUUUGCUCCUGACGGCCUUGAUACUGGCGCAAGUCGAGUCAAUCUCAGGCAACACCCAGGGAGCAGUGUACCACCAUCUUCGUGCAAGCAGACAAUUUGUUCUCUCGAUGCUCGUGGAUUCGGGAACCCAUGAAAUCAGGGCCCUCCGUGGCUUUCUCCGUGAACUAUACGCCUACUUAGUCCUGGUGGGGACAAUUACACUGAAUGCAGAAUCUGAAGACCGUGUCAUUGAAUUCGACCCAUUCAUGUCCUCACUCAAGUCACUCAACGACAUCAAACCCUGCGGCGAAAUGUUUGGAUGUUCGCACGGUCUGUUCGAGCUCAUGCCUCGUGUGUCUGAGCUAGGGAAACAACGUCGGCUUGAGGAAGCAAGCGGUUAUUGCACUUCAGCAAGCUUUGCUUUCUAUCAGUUACUCGAGUCAAAGAUUCGCGGGUGGCAAGUGCCCGAGAAUCUUGAAGGAGACGCAGAUUGGGUCGACCAACUUGGAAUGGCGGCUACCAUCCAUCAACAUACGCUGCUCAUAUUCCUGCACACAACCUUUUAUGGCUCCAGUGUUGAAAGUCCUCGUCUCAGAGAUAUGGUCGAUGAGUCAGUCUCGGUCAUACUUCCACUAUGGAAGGCAUUGUAUGCCACUGAACCCAUGUCACCCUUGGUGACUACGAUGAUAUGGCCGGCAAUGAUUGCCGGAUCCUGCUCACGUCGGCCGGAACAGCAAGGCGUUAUUCGAAGCGAAUUGUCAAAGUCCCAUUAUCAUAUGAACAUCACUAAACGUGCCAUUCAGCUUCUCGAAUGGCUGUGGGAGGAUCAGAGUGACCAAGCCUACGGUCCUUUCGGUCUGGAGGUAAUGAUGAAGAAGCACAAUUUCAAUAUCUGCAUGGCCUGA